ACUGCCCCGCUGACCUUUUCCUGCGUUUCCGGGAAAGAGCUCCCGUUCGGGCGGAAGAGAAGAAAGCAAAGCUGGCGCACGCACUCUCUCUCUCUCUCUCUUAUACUCAAAACGCAUAAAUUUCCAAUUGGAAAGACGCAAAUUUUUAAACGGAACCGUCGGCUGAGUUGUCCAUCACCACCAAAGGGGCACAGAUGGAUAGCACUGCGGAGGACGUGCUGGAGAUUCACCCCAAAUCCGCCGUCGCUGGCGGCGUCAAGGACGUCUACGGCGAGGAUCUGGCGACGGAGGAGCAGCUCGUCACUCCGUGGACUGUCUCAGUCGCAAGUGGCUACACUUUGUUGAGGGAUCCUCAUCAUAACAAGGGUCUUGCCUUCACUGAGAAAGAAAGAGAUGCCCACUAUUUGCGAGGACUUCUGCCUCCAAUAUCCAUUACUCAAGAACUUCAGGAAAAAAAAAUCAUGCACAAUCUUUCUCAGUAUCAAGUCCCUUUGCAUCGUUACACAGCUCUGAUGGAUCUACAGGAGAGAAAUCAGAGACUUUUCUACAAACUCUUAAUAGACAAUGUUGAGGAGCUGCUACCGGUUGUUUACACGCCAACUGUUGGUGAGGCUUGCCAGAAAUAUGGGUGCAUUUUUAGGCGUCCACAGGGCUUAUACAUCAGUCUUAAGGAGAAGGGAAAGGUUCUUGAAGUGUUGAAGAACUGGCCUCAGAGGAACAUUCAGGUUAUUGUGGUUACUGAUGGUGAGCGCAUUUUGGGACUUGGAGAUCUUGGCUGCCAGGGAAUGGGAAUUCCUGUUGGCAAGCUUUCUCUUUAUACUGCUUUAGGGGGCAUUCGCCCAUCUGCGUGCCUUCCUAUCACUAUUGAUGUGGGUACAAACAAUGAAGAAUUACUCAAGGACGAUUUCUAUAUUGGGUUGAGGCAGAAGCGUGCAACUGGUCAGGAAUAUUCUGAACUUCUGCAUGAGUUCAUGCAUGCAGUUAAGCAAAACUAUGGAGAGAAAGUUCUUGUUCAGUUCGAAGACUUUGCUAACCAUAAUGCAUUUGAAUUGCUUUCGAAAUAUCGCUCUACCCAUCUGGUGUUCAAUGAUGAUAUUCAGGGAACUGCUUCAGUGGUCCUUGCUGGGGUUGUUGCCGCACUGAAGUUGGUUGGUGGAACCUUACGGGAACACACUUUCCUGUUUCUUGGUGCCGGCGAGGCUGGUACUGGUAUAGCUGAACUCAUAGCACUCGAGAUUUCAAAGCAGACAAAGGCUCCAAUCGAAGAGACUCGAAAGAAGAUUUGGCUUGUUGAUUCCAAGGGAUUGAUCGUCCGUUCGCGCAAGGAAUCACUUCAGCACUUCAAGAAACCAUGGGCGCAUGAACAUGAGCCUGUUGGUAACCUCUUAGAUGCUGUUAAGGCAAUAAGGCCAACUAUACUGAUAGGUUCAUCUGGCGUGGGUAAGACAUUCACAAGGGAAGUUGUUGAAGCUGUUGCUUCCUUCAAUGAGAAGCCAGUCAUUCUUGCUUUAUCAAAUCCAACCUCCCAGUCCGAGUGUACUGCUGAGGAAGCCUACACAUGGACUAAUGGUCGAGCUAUUUUUGCGAGUGGAAGCCCAUUCGAUUCUGUCGAAUGCAACGGCAAGGUUUAUGUGCCCGGCCAGGCAAACAAUGCUUAUAUUUUUCCGGGGUUCGGUCUUGGGGUGGUCAUGUCCGGAGCAAUUCGUGUGCAUGAUGACAUGCUCCUUGCUGCUUCGGAGGCAUUGGCGCAGCAGGUAACUGAAGAGAAUUUUGAGAAGGGAUUAAUUUAUCCACCCUUCAAAAAUAUCAGAAAGAUAUCUGCUCAUAUUGCAGCUAAUGUAGCGGCUAAAGCCUAUGAACUCGGUUUAGCCAGCCAUCUUCCACGGCCAGCUAACCUUGUGAAAUAUGCAGAGAACUGCAUGUACAGCCCAGUCUAUCGCACGUAUCGCUGAACCAUCUUUUGCGAACUCUGUUGUUUUAAAAUGUUAACAUGUUUGCCUAUGUGGUGGACCUCAAAUAAAGUUGAUUUCGGUGUUUUGAGUUUUUUCAUCACACCACGCGUGCGUGCACGUAUACAUAUAUAUAUCAGUGCUUUUCUUCGUU